AUGCUGCUGGACUCGGAAGUGUACAACAUGCCGCUGGAGAGCCAGGGUGAUGAGAACAAGUCAGUGCGGGUCCGGUUCAACGCCCGCCAGUCCAUAUCCUGGCUGCAGGACGUGGACGACAAGUACGACCGCAUGAAGACGUGUCUUCCGAUGCGGCAGCAGCAUGAGGCGGCGGCUCUCAAUGCCGUGCAGAGGAUGGAGUGGCAGUUGAAGGUCCAGGAGCUGGACCCCGCCUGGCACAAGUCCCUGUGCGUGAAUGAGGUGCCGUCCUUCUACGUGCCCAUGGUCGACGUCAAUGACGACUUUGUGCUCCUGCCGGCCUGA